GUUCGGUUUGAUAAGCGUAGCUAGGACAAAAAUCAGAUUCUGCCGGGGCGACACACUGGACCAGGGAGUUAGAAGAGGCUGCCGCCGUUCCAGAAAAGUGAUUAAAAAUGUUUGCUUUACAGCUGAGCUGUGCGAUGCUCUUCUGCUUCGUGGGCUGUGCUGAUUUACUGACGGUAAUAACUCCCCAGAAGUCGGUUAACGUGACAAGCGGGGGGAAUGUGUCUCUGGACUGCACCUUCAACACCAAUGCGGCCACCACCAACCUCAACAUCCAGUGGGCCUUCAACCCCAAAUCCAGCAUGAUUCCUCAGCAGGUUUACUACUACAUAUCAGGAAAGGCUGUCGUCCAGGGCAAGUUUGAGGGUCGAGUGAAGGAGCCCAUGUUCCCAAACGUCACAAAGAACGCGUCCAUAACCAUCAGCAACAUGAAACCGUCUGAUUCAGGCAUCUACAGCUGCGAGGUCCACAACUUCCCCGACGCAGAGGGCAAGACAGAGGGGAACAUCAUCGUCAAUGUUUUAGAGAAGCCGUCCACCGCCUUCUGCGGGGUCCAUGGCACCGUGGAGUCGGGUCACCUGGUCUCCCUCACCUGUCAUACAGAGAGGGGAAACCCCACCCCCACCUUCACCUGGACCAAGCUCGACCAGGGCAAGGCCAGGAGCGCUCGCGGGGCCGCAGAUAUUGAUUCAGGAACGAUGUACAUCAGAAACCUGUCACAGUUUGAGUUUGGGGAGUACCGGUGUAACGCCUCCAACAGUGUGGGGUUUUCCAUCUGCACAGUUGAACUUACAGAAGAGCUGGGGGAUGGGGCCAUCGCGGGGGCGGUGAUCGGCUCCGUGCUGGGGGCCUGUCUGGUGGUCGCCCUGGUCUGGUUCGUCACACACAGGCUGAAGAAGCGGAAGUACGCGGCAGGAAAGGCAGCCGCUGCCACGGAGAUGCAAGCCCAGCCAGUGAGCAGCGACUCGGUGAAGUACGCCAGCCUCCCCACCAGAGACGGUGCUCACCAGGGCUCUGCCAAAGCCGUGCCCCCCCCACAGGACCCCACGGCCCACAGCCAGGAGGGGGACGCAGAGGCGUAGGGGGGCCGGUCAGCAGGGGGACCUGACCUUAACUACACACUCAUAACCACAACCAAAACCAAACUACACGCACCAAUCCACAACCAAAACCAAACCACACGCACCUAUCCACAACCAAAACCUUAACCACACAUUCCUAAUCACAACCCACACCCAAACUACACGUUCCUGUCAACAAUGUAACAAAACCCAAACCACACAGGCCUCUCAGCACCCAGACCCAAACCACACGCAUUUCCCGACCAAAUCCUGACCCAAACCACACACACCUUUCCAAACCACACAUGCCUCUCAGUAGAAUAUUUCACUCACGUUCCUGACAGUUUCCACAUGAUCCAAAGUAAAAGAUUGUUCAGUGGAUUGAAAUAUUAUCGGACCUGGUUUGACUAAUAGUCAUUCUGAUAGUCCUGAUCUUAUUUCUGAAGUAGGUAGAAAAGUUCAU